CAAGUUGGAGGUUGAUGCACGGAGGGAGGCAAGCUCGAUUGCGAGGCUGGAGCCGGCCGCUGAAUCCGGAGCUGAGACAGAGAAUGCUGGAGACAGACCUUGCUGGGACCCUGCUCCCCAAAAAGUAGAGUCUAAGACCUCCUGAGAUCCCGCACGACUACGUCCCUGACUGGCAUCUAAAGGAGAAACAAAGGGCUUGGUACCUUCCCUCAUUGGGCCAGCCUUGGCCUUAAGACGUCAUCUGACAGAAGAGAAAGGAAAGCGAUCCUUCGGCCACAUCGGAGGCUGCCUUGGGUCACGCAACAAAGGUAGACCAGCCAGACUUGGCUGGCCUGAUGGCAGGGAGGUGCCCCAAUGGAAUCCAGGCUGCAAAUGACAAAGAAUUCUGGGAAAGAACCAUGCAGAAGUUCCUGGGCCAGGAGGACAGCCUCAGCUCGGAUGUCCAGUGCCAACGCUUCAGGCAUUUCCGCUACCAGGAGGCCGAGGGACCCCGAGAGGUUUGCAGCCGACUCCACCAUCUCUGCCAUUGGUGGCUGAAGCCAGAGCGGCACACAAAGAACCAGAUCCUGGACCUGGUGAUCCUGGAGCAGUUUCUGGCUGUCCUUCCCCCGGAGAUGGAGAGCUGGGUGAGGGAAUGUGGAGCAGAGACCAGUUCCCAGGCGGUGGCCCUGGCCGAAGGUUUCCUCCUGAGCCAGGCAGAGGAGGAGAAGCAGGAAGAGCCGCAGGGCCUGUUUGCAAAAGUGGCUGCUGAUAUUCCUGAGGCAAAGAAGACUCCACAGUUGCCAGAAAUAUCUCUUUGUGCUGGAGUCGAAACUGCCUCUGAGCAUCUGGAUCAGGAACUUGUGAUGUUUGAGGAGGUGGCUGUGCAUUUCACCCAGGAGGAGUGGGCUCUGCUGGACCCGGACCAAAGGGCAAUGCACAAGGAAGUCAUGGAGGAGAAUUGGGGGAUCGUGGCCCUCCUUGGAGAUGAAAGAGCCAGAUAUAAAGCAGAGGGAAAGGAAAAAGCAGAAGCAAAACAGAAGAGCAGGGAGAAAUCCUCUCCUUCUCAAGGUGGUGACGUCCCUGAAUUCCCAAUCCAAGAAAAAAUAGACAACGGAAAGGAAAGGAGCCAGUGCCCUGUGUGUGGGGACAGCUUCAUCUGUCAAUCAAGCCUUGAUUUUCAUCAGAGAAGACACACAGGAGGAAAGCUCUUUAAAUGCAUCAAGUGUAACAAGACCUUUUCUGCAAACUCGUACCUUAAACGACAUCUCAGAAUUCACACAGGGGAGAAACCAUUUAAAUGCCCAGAGUGCGGAAAGAGCUUCAGUCAAAAAACACACCUCAUUUGCCAUCAAAAAACCCAUACAGGGGAAAAACCUUUUGACUGCUUGGAAUGUGGAAAGAGCUUCUUACAGAGAUCAGACCUCAUCAGACAUCAAAGAAUUCAUACAGGGGAGAAACCAUAUGAAUGCCUGGAGUGUGGAAAAAGCUUUUCUCAGAAGAGGAGCCUCAGUACACAUCAAAUGAAUCACAGAGGGGAGAAACCAUAUGAAUGCCUGGAGUGUGGAAAAAGCUUUACUCAGAAAAAUUACCUCGCCAUACAUCAAACGACUCACAGAGGGGAGAAGCCACAUAAAUGCUUGGAGUGUGGAAAGAGCUUUAGCCAGAGGAAAGCCUGUAACAAACAUCAAAGGAUUCAUACAGGGGAGAAGCCAUAUCAGUGUUUGGAGUGUGGGAAAAGCUUCGCUUGGAGAAAAAGCUUCACUUCACAUCGGCAACUUCAUACAGGGGAGAAACCAUAUCAAUGUUCGGAGUGUGGAAAGAGCUUCAUUUGGAGAACCGACCUCAACAGACAUCAAAGAAGCCAUACAGGGGAGAAGCCAGAUAAAUGCUUGGCAUGAGGAAAGACCUUCACUUGGAGAGAAAGCCUCACUUCCCAUCAAGGAAGUCACCCAGGGGGAAAACCACAAAUUCCUGGAUCACGGAAACAGGUUUACUCAGAAUGGAAAAUACGAAUGGGAAAAACCAUACGUAUGACCAGAUUGUUGCAUGAGUUACGGAGAAGCUUGUGGAAAAAAAUGCCUUUCUCUCAAAAGUGGCCUGGCUGAUGAACUCGAAUCUCUUCUGUAAGUUUUUCCCCCUGUACCAUAUCAAAUGUCACUGGGUGGAGCCCUCCCCCAAACCUGAAAUGCUUUUUACCAGGAGCUAAAAUACGACAUCACAUCUCGGAUCAAAGUUGUUCUUUGCGUAGCCAAAAGGCCGUGCUGCUCAGGGUAAUCCAAAGGCCUGCCCUAGAGUUAGAGAUAAAAGUAGGGCUGUUCCCCUAUGAAAUCUGUCAUCCCUUUGGACAUCCCUCUGCCAUCGUAGAGCGCAAGAUUAGUCUGUGUGGCCUGCACGUAAAUUUUGGAACUCUGCUCUAGGGCUGUCCAGUGUACAGUUAUUUAGAGCGUGUUUUUUUAAAAAACUUUUGAAUGCAAUCUGUUUGCUCUCUCUCUCUCUUCCCUUUUCCUUAAUCUUAAUAAAUCUUUUAAAUUUGGACCUUGGGGAUGGAUUGCUUGCUUUGACAUCUGAAGAUUAAUUCCCCCCCCCCAGUGUGCCAUGUUCUUCUUUCCAUACUCCACGUCUGGCUAAAGAGUGAAAGGAACAGCAGCCUGAAUCUCUUUCUAGUCAGGGGCGACUGGGAGGAUUUGCUGAGUUGUCCCUUCCCAAGUAAACAACACAUAGAUAUUGAGGUUCCCUCACCAGAGUUUGAGUGCUGUAGUGUAGCGGCAAAUCCAGAAGUGCAGGGUCCCUUCAUGAUAGUCACCACACACACCCCUACAGCCACACCCCCUCACUCGCAUGCUCUCCAUUGCCAUUUCCACACUCCUCAGUCCUUCCUCGUGUGCCUUCUCCCACAACAACAGACGUCCCUAGGAGCCAAUUAGCAUAAUAGGGGAGUGUGUUAGCUACUGAGAAGAAUCUUCUCAGUAGCUCACUCACCUCCUUUCACUCUAAUCGGCUUCAAUCAACAGGAAAGGACAAGGAAGCAAGUUAAGCCAUGUAUUAGGCUUGUAUAAUAUGUUAGUUUAUCGUCAGUGAUCAGGGAUGUCUCAUUGUGAAUUAUUAAAAAAAAAUUAAAAUGUUUUUCAAAUGAUUCAUAUUGAAUGUGGUCUUUAAAAAUGUUAUGUUUAGGACCACUGUGUUGUCUCCAUGACACUGAUUUGAGUUUGUUUGAAAGUUUUUAGCUCC